AUGUGAUUUGUUAUUAUUUGUUCAUAGACCAUUUAAGGUGGCAACACUAUCAGCUGUUUGAGAAAUUCUGAUUUGCUCCAGUUCCUUAAUUGGAACCAGUCAUGGAUAAACUUUUGCCAGUAUUUCAAAAUCAAAUCACAUUUUCUAAUUUAAAAAAUGACAAAAUUCAGAUAAAGAAGUCCGAGAUGAUCCACAGUAAAACCGCCAAACAUCUAUUCCAAGAGACGCACAGCAUAAUGCUACACAGAAUUCAAGCCCUAACAGGCCUUUGGAUUAGCGAGAAUCCAGAGUUCUCAAAUCACAUUUGCGGGCCGUGUGAAGUGGCACUGCGGGAAGCUAUAGAUUUUCGGGAGCUCAUCAUUGAGACGCAAAAGAAGCUACUUACCCAAAGAAAAGAAGUGCACGUCUUUGAUGAGGAAGAGCUGGAUCCGGAAGACAUUGUCGUACACGAAGAAGAGUGUACGAUUAGUGAAGAUAAACAACCUGUCGUGGAAGCAACCAGCACUUUCUCCCCGUCCACAGACGGCUCUUUAAACUUUGACAAUAGCCAGAGCCAGAAAAUGCCUCGAAUUCAAUGGAGUAAGCUUACCGAGAAUGAGGUGGUGGCAUUUAAGCGAGAACGUCGCAAACGUGAUUGCAUUUGUGAUAUGUGUGGUCGGCAUUUUUCCUGCCUAAGUAAUUUUAAAGUCCAUCUUCUACGGCAUACUGGAAUUAAGAACCAUCAUUGCUCUCAAUGCUCCCAGACAUUUUAUACUGCCCAUUUGUUACGUCGUCACGAAAGGGUCCAUGUCUCUGCGAGACCAUAUCAAUGUCAUUACUGUAAUCUCUCGUUCACCAAUACCGGUGGACGUAUUCAGCAUGAGCGGACUCGUCAUACCUUUAUUAAGCCCUUCAAGUGCAAGGAAUGCGAAAAAUCCUUUGUGACCGGCGGCAAACUAAGCACCCACAUGCUCAGUCAUACGGGAGUUCGAUCGUUUCACUGCGACUCUUGCAAAGUGUCCUUUUUGCGACGCUCACAUUUAAAUGCUCACUAUCGCUCAAAAAGUCAUACCCAGUGUAUAGAUAAGCAGGCACUGUUCAAUCUGAAUGUUGAUACUGAGCUGACUACAUCAUAGUCGUUCUGGACAUUAAUGCUUUUCCUGGGCAUAUCUAUUUCUAAGCUCCUACAAAAUGGCAAUUGAGAAUAUUUUGGGGUUUCCAGAUGAGUGCCUGAUGAUGGUUUUUCGGCAUCUUAAUAUGCGCGAUCAAUGCAAUUUUGCGUAUACUUGUUGGCGCUUUCAAUGCAUCUAUCAGAUGAUCCAUAAGAAUCAUUAUCGUCAUUUUGUUUGGUAUGAGCGUACAAAUCGUUGGUCCGAACUGGAGAUUCAGUCAUUCUUUAAGUUAAAUGGUUAUAAAAUGCAAAUGUUAUCUCUAACUGACUUUCGGGACCAUAAUAUGGAAAGACUACUAACAGAAGGAACAGAGCAGGGGAAGGCAGAACAUGGAGAUCAAGAAGAAGGAACGGAGGCGAAAUCACAGAACGUGAUAAAACCAAGCAAGACCAUCUAUGUGGCUCACAUUUGUGGGUAUCUAAAGAAUUUGCGCUCGCUUAUUUUAACCAUUGAUCACAAUUCGAGGGAAAUUAUUAUUGAGAUCUGUCGUCAUAUGCGUCAAUUGCAGGACUUAACCAUUUCCAUUAUAAAGCAUCCAAACUAUGAGCUUUUAGCCCUCUUGCCUAAUCUACGAAAUCUAGAUAUUGAAUAUUUUGAAAUGGAAUCCGAUGACAAGAUUUUUAAGACUCUAUCCAAGUUGCGUCCGCAUACAAUGCAAACUUUGCGUAUUGGUACUGAAUUGAAGACAAAACAAUUGCGAUAUAUUUGCCAAUUGAGUAACAUAAACAUGCUAAACAUCUACAAUGCCAAUAGUGUUGCCCUCGAAUAUUUGCUAAAAAUGAAAAAUUUAACCAUUUUAAGUCUAACUGAUUCCAUUCGAUUGGACAACAUAGAUUUCAUGCGUCUGCUUUGUGGCCUUAAGACUCUGAGUACCCUGUAUGUCAGCUACUGCCAGUGUCUAUCCAAUGAGUUUGUCUUCUUUGCCAUUAAAUAUCUUGAACAAGAGAUGUGCAGCCUGCGGCGUUUACCAUUCUGCUUGGAAUGCCAUCGUUGUGGUGUAGUCGCGGACAUAAACCAGUAUCCAUUGGUUAAAUCUGCUCUAUCCAUCAUUCAUAUCAAUUUC